AUGAAGUUAUAUAUUACUCAUUAUCUAUUUCUUUUCAAGCUUUAUUUCUAUACAGCGUCCUCAUUAGACAAUACGAGUGACAACUAUAGAAGUGUUGGUUAUUAUGUCAAUUGGGCAAUUUAUGGAAGACAGUUCUUCCCGCAAGAGCUACCUGUGGCAAAUCUCACGCAUAUAUUAUAUGCAUUCGCGAAUAUUAACCCAGAAUCCGGGGCUGUAUACUUGUCGGAUCUUUGGGCAGACAUAAAUGCUCCGCUAUUGGGUGAUUCCUUAAAUAGCUCAGACACUAACUUAUACGGCUGUCUACAACAGAUGUACAUACUGAAAAAGCAAAACAGAAACCUUAAAGUUCUACUGUCCAUAGGUGGAUCUACAUACUCUUCAAACUUCCCUCUUGCAAUAUCUACUAUUUCUAAGAGAACGACAUUUGCCUCCUCUGUUGUUUCUCUAGUUGGAAACUUAGGUCUGGAUGGUGUCGACAUUGAUUGGGAAUAUCCUGCAGAUGAUAUACAAGCAAACAAUUUCGUAUCUUUACUUCAAACAGUCAGAGAUGCUCUCGAUAAGUUUAGCAAUCUUUCAAAAAGUCCCUACCACUUUUUACUCACAGUUGCUGGUCCUGCUUAUCCUAAUGUAUUUUGGAAGUUAUCGGAAAUGGACCAGUAUGUAGACUUCUGGAAUUUUAUGGGAUUUGACUAUUCUGGCUCUUGGAGUUCUGUUACAGCACACCAAUCGAAUCUAUCUCCGUCUGGCAAUGGAUCAACACCAUUUAAUACGGAAGCAGGGGUUAGUUAUUAUAUCUCUCACGGAGUUGCAUCAGAUAAGAUUGUUUUGGGAAUGCCUAUAUACGGAAGAUCAUUCGAGGAGACUGAGGGCUUUAACAGUGAUUUCCAAGGUGUCGGACAAGGCACUUGGUCUCAAGGGGUCUAUGAUUACAAGGCACUGCCUCUCUCAGGAGCUACAGAGAUUUACGAUGAGACAAUUGGUGCAAGUUACAGCUGGGAUUCCUCUAAGCUGGAAAUCGUUACUUAUGAUAAUCCUGCGGUUGCUGCUCAAAAAGGUAAAUGGAUCCAAUCCAUGAACCUCGGUGGCGCAAUGUGGUGGGAGACUAGUGCGGAUGGAAAAGACUCCAGGAGCUUGAUUGGGAUUAUGAUUGAAACAUUUGACGGUCACAUACAGAAUAUCACAAACACGCUGUCAUUUCCAAAUUCCUCUUACCUGAACAUUAGAAAUGGCAUGCCAGAUUAUUCAAAGCUACCGAUACAGAUCGAGACUUCGAUCACAACUCAUCGUUGGAGUAGCAGUGCAGCGGUAUCGUUGGGCACAUCUCCGACUUCGGAUUGUUCUUCAGAAAUCACCAAUUUUUCAUCAAAGACCAUAUUAGAUAGCACUGCUCUACUCCCCGAGACAACGAUCUCCAGCACGGUCCUAGGAAGUACUGCUCCCUGUUCAAGCAGUUCUUUCGCCAACACAGCCCCUUCAUCUGCAAUAAUAUCUUCUGUUUUGAGCCUUUCUUCGGAAACUCCCUUAGAGACCUCAUUGGAUAGCACGGCUUUACUUCCCGAGACAACGAUUUCCAAUACGAUCCUAGGAAGCACUGCUCCCUGUUCAAGCAGUUCUUUCACUAGCACAGCCCCUUCAUCUGCAGUAACAUCUUCUUUUUCGAGCUGCUAUUCAGAAUUUGUGACGAACACAGCCCCAUCCAUCGGAUUUACGGCUCCUUCAUCCGGCGGUCAGGCACCAUUCUCCAAUCAUUCACACACUCACACAGCGGGUUUUCAAAGUUUGUCUUCCACAAGUAGUUGUUCAUUUGCCAGCAGUUGCUCCAUUAUCACUACCACCUACUCCUUUUCAACUUCAACAACUAUCACUUCGGCUACAACAACUAGCGUGUCGUUUCCUAUCUCUAUACACUCCGUGAUAAUUUGCACAUGUCAGAACCGUUAUUUUGGAGUCAAAUAUGCCACCGCUGGCGCAACUACAACAACUCUUUGUGGAAAUUUCGACGCAAUUCCCACUGGCUUCACAUUAAUUUCUCCAGAGAAUUCAUAUGUUCAGCUUACUACAGCAACUACAGAUUUUCGGAUUACAAUAACAACAACAACGACCCUUCCGACUAGAACAACUACCAUACCAAUAUCAACCCGGGAGAUUAUCGUUACAACAGUAACGUCAACAGCUGCCAAGCGGAGCUCUGGGUGUAGUAAAAAGCUAUCCUGCACUCCAAAUAGCACUGCUAUUGAAGCGGCUAAUUACUCGCCUACUGGUUCACUUUGUGCGUUGGAUAUAAACAACGACUUAGUAUGUAUCGAAAAUUCUGUAUGUCUAUCCAGUCCGUCUUGUACUGCUAAUGACGAUUGCGCUCAUGGGGAGAUAUGUGUAUCUGUUUGUUGUCAGCGUGCUUGUUAUAUGGAUGACUCCACAUGUAUGUCGCAACAUUGUGCAAAGUUGGGAGCUGGAUGCUUGGAUUCGAGCUGA